AAAACUAAAAAACACAAAAGUUGAAAAUAACAACUGAAAAAUAUAGAAUAAGUAAAAUUUGAUCAUUAAUAAAACGAUAAACACCAUCUACUUGACAUUGCACAUUCUAUAUAUAUUAAUAAUAUAUAAUAGUUAUUGUUUGAGGAAAAAGAUUUAUUUCUAGUAAGAUAUGGCCUCUGCACAAGAACGUUUCCAAGCGGCUGUAAAUGUUAUUAAGGGUCUGCCGAAAAAUGGUCCAUAUCAACCAAGCAAUGGUAUGAUGUUAAAAUUCUAUGGCCUUUAUAAACAAGCAACUGAAGGAGCUUGUGACCAAAGGAAACCUGCAUUUUGGGAUGUUGUUAAUAAAGCAAAAUGGGAUGCUUGGAACCGAAACAGUCAUCUAACCAAGGAAGAAGCUAUGCAGAAAUAUGUUCAGAGUUUACAGGAAAUUAUCGAAACCAUGUCAUUUACUGAAAAUGUUCAAGACUUUGUUGGUAGCUUACAGGGUCUAGAGAAUAUAAAUUUGGAUGAGUUGGAAAUAAUUGCUCCUGGAAUGAGAGAAUUGGCGGAAUCGCAUCCUAACUCACCAUUUCACUCUAGAACAAAUAGUCCUCAUCAUAGCACAAAUGGUAGUGGAGAAGAAGAUCCAACUUUAAAUGGUCACGAUUCAUCUUUAGACACUGUCACUACCCCACCAACGACACCUCUUCAGAAUACAGAACUGCCAACUCAAUCAUCACACAAUUUGAUAGCACAUGAAACAACUUUAGUUGAUUAUUCACAAACAAAUGGUUCAAUCGACCAGUCAGACGAUGAAUACGUAGAUCCAUUCGACAUUCAAAAUGAGCUUUAUGAGUCUUUACAGCGUAACACAGAAAUACUAAAACAGGUGCAAGCCACCGUUUUGCGCAUGAAUUCCGAUUUGUCGUCCGUUAAUCAACGCGUAUUUGAUUUGGAAAAGACAAUACGAGAAAUGAAAAGCACUGUUACAAACAGAAAAGCUGCGAGCAUCACAGAUCCUAAACACAAAUAUUCCAAUUGGUGGCCCUUCUCAGACAUUUCACCUCUUUGGUUUGUGUUAUUGAUUUUAUGGCCUUUUGUUGUAAGAAGAAUGGGUAAAAUGUUGGCCAAUCCACCAAAACGAAAAUAAUUUCUGCGUAAUGUAGAUAUUUAUAUUUAAAUAGUGUGGUUUAAGUUUUGUAUAGCUUGGUGUGUGUUUGCCUCAGAAUUUCGUUUAAUAGCUUAAAUUUCAUUUAAAAUGCUGUUUAAUAAUAGUGAAAUUUUUACUUUACAGUAAAAAUCUUGGUUUUUUGUUAUUAUUUUAAGUUAAGUUAAAAAAAAACUUAUGUUGUGUCCAUUCCCUAUUGUACAACUCUAAAUAAAUAUAACGCUGCUUAUUCUUUUAUGCUUCUGUUAUAUUGUGCAGGAUUUUAUAAAAAAAUAUUUUAUGUAUCUUUUAUAUUUAAUUUUUUACAACAAAUAUAUUUUAUGAAAAUAAAAA